AUGGUGAGAAGAGUUCAUAAAGCGGUUAAAAGGUUUGUUUCCACUGCUUCUAUCAGCAGGAAGCGAAAAUCCGAAGAAGUUUUGAAAACUUUCAAGAGAAAAAAACUCAUAGUCGAUGAAUCGGAGUCGAAAACCGAAUCAAGAGUCCUUGCCGAUAUUUUCGAAUAUGAUGAAAGUAGUGCACACGAGAAAGAGGAUGCUGAGGAUAGCGAAGGUAAAAGCGAGGAGGAAAGCGAAGAAGAAAGUGAAAGUGAUAGCGGGGAUGGUGAGGAUAGAAGAGAUAGCGAAGACGGAGAGGAGGAUCCCUAUCCUUGUCAAUUUGUGCGAGAGAUAUCUCCGUUGAGUCAUACGGCCUAA